GGUCUCACGGUAUCCGAUGCCGCCACCACGUUGGACGCAGAAGCAGCCGCAUCGAAGAAGACGCGGCCGGGAGAUGCUAAGAGCUGCCUCGCACCCUCCACGGCGAUGACGUCGUCUGCUGCCAGCAGCCUCGGGGCACUCUUUGCCAAGAACGAUGGGAGGUCCGCCACCGAUGCAUCCAGCGGCCAGGCAAAUCUGUCUACCGUCCGAGAAGACGAGGAGUCAGCGACUGUGGAGGCAAAGCCGAAACAGUCGAGCAAAGCAAAGUCAGUCUUGGCACAAUCAACGGUCAUGUCAUCUUCGGCAGCGGGAGCUCUUGGAAGCCUUCUGGCGAAGUCCUCUCCGUCGACUAGGCCGCCCGAAGCAGGGGAUGCACCCGAGGCCUCUGCAAGCACGGAGCCGGUCCCGAAGAAGUCGUCCGGCGCGAAGUCCGUCCUGAACCAAUCGUCAGCCAUGACGUCCUCGGCGGCGGGGGCUCUCGGCGGGCUGCUAAACCCAGGUGCAAGCAGCCCACCACCUGCCAGGACGGUGCCCGAAACUGCGGAGGACGCGUCGUCGGAGCCGCCGCCCGCGAAGAAAGCGUCGGGGGCGAAGUCGGUGCUGAAUCAGUCUACAGCUAUGACUUCCUCAGCAGCUGGUGCUCUGGGUGGUCUUCUUGCGCAAGGUGCACCGAAAGCUCCACCUACCAGGACGGAGCCCCCGGCCACCAGCUCAACUGCGCCUGAGACCACAGCCACCGCCACGGACGCGCCACCCCCGAAGAAAUCGUCGGGUGCCAAGUCGGUGCUGAACCAAUCGGCCAUGACGUCCUCGGCUGCGGGUGCGCUGAGUGGCCUCCUUGGCCCAGGUGGCCCAAAAUCCUCAGCACCGAG